CAUGCCACGCACAGGCAGAAUCCUGCUCAAGUUUCAUCAUUGCAUCCACCGUACUUGCCUAUAAAACACAAACCAACAGAUUACAGGCAAACAAAAAACUAGCUUCUUUUAAUUAAUUCCCACCUCUUUUAGCUCUCCAUAGGGAUAUCAGUGCCAUCAAGGCAUCAACAGAAACCACUAGCUGCACCAUCUCCUUGUUUUAAAUGUCGAAAGUUGGCACUCGGGGUGCAGCAAGUGCUGCAGCUAACCUCGCAAACCUUCUGCCAACGGGAACUGUACUUAUAUUUGAAGCUCUUGUACCUUCCUUCACUAAUAAUGGUGAGUGUGUUCAAGCCAAUAAGUACCUCACUUUAGCCUUGAUUUUUUGUUGUUCUCUGGUUUGCUUUUUCUCCUCCUUCACUGACAGCUUCAUUGGCAAGAAUGAUAAGAAACUUUAUUAUGGUAUCGCCACCUUAAAUGGGAUAUUCGUAUUCAAUGAUCCUGAUUGCACUGAUGGCAAUGGAGAGGAAGAACUGGAUCAUAACCAGAGGAAAAAUUACAGAGUCACUCUGAUAGAUUUUGUUCAUGCCUUCUCAUCGCUAACUGUGUUCUUGGUUUUUUCUCUUAGUAACUCUGAGCUGCAAAAUUGUUUCUUUCCGAAGGCAGGGCCUAAUGAGAAACAACUAAUCGUGAAUUUGCCAUUAGGAGCUGGGCUUUUGAGCACCUUUUUGUUCAUAAUAUUUCCCACUAAAAGGAGAGGAAUUGGCUACGGAGACAUGACACCAUCGCGUCCCAGCAUCCUUGAUGGAGACUCGAUAACAUCCCGUUCUGAAGUCCAAAAUACCCAGAAACAUCAAGCUUAAGUUUUUAUCUGGAUUAUAUCCAAUCGAUCAGCAAUACUUGGUUGGCUUUUGUGAAUCUUGAAGUGUAUUUGCACCAUGACGAAGUUGAGGUGGAAAUGCUGAAGAGUACUUCAGAAUCACUUUAUUGACUUACAUAAGCGUAAAUGCUCCUCGCAAACAAUCAGUUUGGAGCAUAUAUGCAAGAUGGUUGAAUUUGAAAAUAAAAUAAUUGUAUAUAUAUAUUUAAGAAGUGUGAUUAUUAUCUUAUAUUAUAUAGAAUGGCAAGUUUCAGUGUUAUUGAUUUGAGAAAGCUCACUAAUUAACAACUGCUGCUUCAUGAAAACCCAAAACAGCUACAGCUUCUUUGUUCUUUUUGAUUAGUUGAAAUACAAGGAUUUUGCGACGCAAUUGGUUAAUCAUUCUCCGAUGUUUUCCUAAAUGUGUCAGUAUUUAGCGACAAAUUUUUGUACCAAAAUUGAGUCGAUG